CACGAUUUAAUUCAAGAACCGUACGCCGCGAAUUCCACAGUCUCCAAUAUCAUACGCUGACCUAACCUAAGUCUCAUCAUGGCGACGUCAAAGCCUAGACGUGGUCAUGAAGUCGAGUCACUCCACAACGCAGCUUCGACAGAAGCGCAUGCCGAACCUCAUGGCGUCCUACGACUCCCAAACGAGCUUUUGGACGCAGUUGUAGUUUAUUUAGACCAACCCUCUCUCUGCGCACUUGUCUUGACCUGCAAGUUGACAAAACGAUCAGCCACGGAAGCUCUGUAUACGGCUUACAUCAAUCGCGACGCUCCGUCAAAGGCACCUUUUCACUUGUCUUUGCGCACUCUGUGCGAGAGCUCUGAACUCUGUGCCAUGGUCAAAGAAAUGGAUAUCCGAGGUUGGCGAUCCGAGUUUGAAGUCGCGACCGGUCUUCCAUGGUCAGGCGUCACCAAGACCAAAGAAGGAGACAAGGUUCGAUCAAGCCGCACUGGACCCGUUUUUGUGUCAACAAGUGUCUCAUCGACUACCAAAGAGAGACCACUUAAGUUGUUCGAGAACACCGCUAUGAAGAUUGGUCUUCUAUCAGUGCACAAUACUCUUCCAGUCAAGCCGCUGAAGAAGACCGUUGUUGUAGGGUCGACACUCGAGAAGGACGAGGACUUCUUACGCCUAUUGAGGCAUGGCGUCGAGGACGCACAGGUCAUACUGAUGCUUGCCUUACUACCUGGUCUUAAGCGGCUUCACAUUGAUGGCAUGUCCAUCUAUCCAACCCUCGAUUGGCAUCACUGUCUGCGAAAUUCCGAUACCGCGCUCCGAGCUCUCCGGGAAUUGGACUUACGGGGCAAUUCGUCUUCCUGCGGAUGCGUAACUCAUUGUACGACUAUGAGCUUCUUGGAACAUGUUCCAAAUCUUGAGCGCUUACACGUCUCCCAUAUCGACGUCAAGGACUCCCGCCAGGUGAAGGAACUGAUGUCGAACAAGAUGCUUCAAGGUUUUGUUGCGACAGAUUGCCGAAUCGAUCUUCAGAUGCUCCAAAACAUGCUCUCUGGUCACAAGCUUGUAGAGUUUCGAUACAGGCCAGGUCUUGGAGAAUUUACUGCAGAUGAUGUAAACGAUUUUACUGAAGAUCACAUUGUUGACCGUCUACGAGACUCAAUGAGAUCCCUACGGAAGCUCACUCUAUGGGCGACCCGACCGAGUCAAGCUUCGCGCCUCUCACAAUUCGACAGACUUGAAACUCUGGAGAUGCCGUUCCAUCAUGGAUUCCUGAAUGAAGCAACCGGACAAGAUUCGCACAGUAUUGCCAAGCUACUCCAAAAGCGUAUCUCAAGGACCUUGUCAAGCUUGACUCUUCGCUUUGUCACCCCUUCAACGACGGUUCCAGAGACCAUGAAAGUCCUCAGGGAUCUCAAGCUCCAGGGCCGUUUUCCGGAGCUGAAGAUCAUCCGACUGAACUUCUGCCGUUACUCCAGAGACCCAUGGUUUCCUCCGGUACCCUACGACAACCUCGAGUCAGAAGCCCUAGAGGCGUUUGGGCACAUCUUUGAAAACACAGGCUUGCAGCUUGAGCUCUCCCAGACUGAUUAGAGCGAACGGUUUCCAUACUGUACUGAUAUUGCCGUGUGACUAGAAUUCUGCUUGAUGGGUUCUUGUGAGCGAGUGAGUCAUGCACUCGAGUCACUGGAAAAACAGGCUCUAGGGCCUAGGCAUCUAGUUCCAACAGCACCAUUCGUGGAUCAUUCGCGCAAGGAAUAACUCUCUAUCAAAUCACGUCACCCUCUACUCA